ACAUUUUUAGGUGCCAAUUUCUUGCUGCUAUAGACAUUGACCCUCAAAAGGUUGUAAUGGCUUUCAACAAUGCAAGUAUGUAUGGAGUGGAAGAUUAUAUUGAUUUUAUUAGUGGAGACUUUUUCCAGCUUGCUCCAUACUUGAAGGGGGAUGUAGUAUUUGUUUCACCGCCAUAGGGGGUCCAUCAUAUAAAACAAUCCAGAAUUUCACCAUGGAUUUACUGAAGCCAAAAGAUGGAUACUCAAUAUUUCAGGCUGCUCAGAGGAUAACACCUAAUGUCAUUAUGUUCUUACCUCGGAAUGUUAACCUAAACCAAGUUGAGGAGCUUUCAUGGUUGUCUUCUCCUCCUUUGAUGCUUGAGAUAGAAGAAAACUACUGGGAAGGCUAUUUCAAGGGAAUAACUAUCUACUUUGGUGCUUCUGCACACAGGUAAGUCUUAUUACCUGGGUUUUCAAUGCUAUAAUUACCUUGUUAUCUUACAAUAUGGUUUUUCUGCUAUAGAGAAAUUACCUUAAUUUCAUGCUAGCCUGAUGAUUGUCCAUUAAUACUGAAGGCAUGAAUAACUAUUUUUUCCUUUAGAAAAUUUCUACUCAUACUUUUGAAAGAUAAGCCAAGCAAGGAAAUAUACUCAAUGCUUCACUGACUCUGAAUAUGCUGCUAAGAUAAUUUGUCUUGAGUGGUGAAAGUUUCAGGAUAGUUGAACUGGAACUAGGAAAUGACUUUGUGCUAGCUUUUUAGGAAUACAAUUAAAUAAUUCGU